AUGGCUCUUAGAAUGACACACUCCUUAUUUAGAUUAUCUACACAAUUACAUACAUCAAGGACCUAUUCGCAAGCUGCAAAGGCAUUGGUUGAUAAUGGAAUAAGAGAUAACAAAGUAUUUGUGAUCAGUAAAGUGUACUGCCCUUUCUGUUUGAAAGCCAAAGCAAUCCUCAAAUUUGCAGGUCUAGAAGCGUCAGUGGUGGAGAUAGAGAGCAGGGAGGACUGUAGCGACAUUCAGGACUACUGUAAGGAGCUGACUGGUGCCCGGUCUGUACCGCGAGUCUGGAUUGACCAGAAAUUAGUUGGAGGAGCUGAUGCUGUAGAGAAAGCGUAUAAAGACGGAACUUUCUCAAGAAUCACGAUAGGUGCGACCAGCAGUUCUGCAAAUCACAGCACCAUGGCUCAACAAAUUGUAGAUAGUGGUAUCAAGGAGAACAAGGUGUUUGUGAUCAGUAAAACUUACUGCCCUUUCUGUACCAAGGCUAAGAAAUACCUCAACCAAGCUGGAAUAAAAGAUGCAAAGAUAUUAGAGAUAGAGGACAUGUCGGAGAUGGACGCUAUACAGGACUACUGCAAGAAGCUGACUGGUGCACGGAGUGUACCCCGUGUCUGGAUUAACGGCAAGUUCAUUGGAGGAGGAGAUGAUGUGGAGCGAGCCUUCAAGAAGGGGGACCUUCAGAAGAUGGCUUAGCUUUUCUUAGUGUUCCGUUGAAAGUAGAGUCCUCGUUUUAUAAAUGCUCUAAUAAUAUGAUUGUUUCAUGGUAUGGUUCGUUAUGCAGAUAAAAUAUUUAAAAAAAUUUACCUGGUUUCGUAAUUCGUAAUUCCUUAAAUUUAUACAUUUUCAUACUUGGUAAUAUAUUUUACUGAAAGUUUUACCAUGAUAUCUUCCUUCUGAAAUUUAUGUGUCGGUUUUUACCCUGUUGAGUCUAUUUAUUAGAAUGUUUGUUUAUCGUGACGAAA